AUGACGACGUUCUGGCGCUGCGGAACGUUCAGAAGACCUGUGAAUGCGUUGUGGAACGUAUCCGUGCGUGCAAAGUCGCCCCGCCAGCGUCAGCUGUUCCCAGUAGACGAACUGCAGGGCGCGCUCCGAGGACGCAGCGUCGCACCACGGGCACUCGAACCCGCUUACCUAGCCGCUCUGAGGGUAUUCAGAAGUAUGGGCCCGCUCCCAGUGUCGAUCUUAUUGCCUUCAUCCGUGGCUACCACUCCAAAGUCAGUACUCGACAAAGAUAGGAUUCUUUCCCGAUACUGUUCGUGUCCUGCUGGAGAGCGAGAUAGAGGAGUUUCCAUAGACCCCAGAUGGACACCUUUCGUGCUCACAGAUAUCGGUGAAGGGAUCGUCGAAGUCGAGAUUCUACGUUGGCACGUCCAAGAGGGCGACUACGUGCGACCAUUCGACGCCCUUGUCGACGUUCAGUCCGAUAAAGCGACCGUUGAAAUUACCAGCAGAUUCCAAGGCGUCGUGCGUCAUAUUCCUCAUCGAGUAGGUGAACUGGCCAAAGUUGGGGAAGCGUUGUGCUUCAUCGAAGUUUCGGACGAUGCACCGUCGGCAGAGACGCUCACACAGGCGCCCGACAAGCUGGCCAACACUGGCGUUGAAAGUGUGACUACUGCUGGCACCAAUGCUGGCGCGUCUGCGGAGCCUGCUGUCCGUACACCUGGCGAGCUGAAUCACGAUGAGGUCUCUAGCUCACAAACACCAUAUCGAAAGCGAGUUCGGACCACACCGGCGCUACGAGGCCUCGCACGCGAGCGCGGCAUUGACCUCGCGAAGGUUACCCCGUCAGGCCCCGGGCGACGAAUCCUACCAAGUGACAUAGAGUUGUUUCUCGGGGCUCAGCAGGAACGAGGCGCUCCGGCGCUCUCCGAACAAAAUACUCCGGCAGCGCUAGGCCUCUCGAAUGCAACCACGAAACCUGAGGUUGGCGGUACAGCGGUCGGUUCUGGGUCAGCGGGGUGGCGAAAGGCCCUCAUGCAGCGGGAUCGACCUACCCUGGGUGAACAUGUUACUGCAGUGCCUAUUCGCGGACUGCGUAGAGCAAUGGCAAAGUCCUUGGCCGCUGCGGCUGUCGUUCCGCAUCUCGUGUACGGCGAGGAGGCCACGGUGGAUCGACUCAUUGAUCUACGACGAGAGUUAACAUCAUUCGGAGAGCAUCGACUUGGAGGCAAACUCACGUACAUGCCAUUCUUUAUCAAGGCAACGUCGGUGGCCCUGGAGGGCUUCCCCAUCCUCAACGCAACCUUGGAUAAUGUUCAAGACCCAAAGAACAUCCUCUACCAACGUGACCAUAAUAUCAGUAUUGCGAUUGAUACGCCCGAUGGUCUGAUUGUUCCGAAUAUCAAGAAAGUGCAGCAGUUGAGUGUCUUUGAUAUCGCUCAAGAGCUGCGCCGUCUGCAGGAACUCGCCCACGCAGGCAAACUCAACCAAGACGACCUCUCGGGGGGCACAUUCGCCCUCAGCAACAUCGGAAGUAUCGGUGGUAUACAUGCCAGUCCCGUCAUUAUGGUUCCCCAGGUGGCCAUCAGCGCCCUUGGACGGAUUCGACGGGUUCCUCGUUUUGCGAGCGACCAGCCAACGGCAAUGAAUGAGCGCUACACCCCUGGGUCUUUGGUGGUCUACCCGGCUCAUGUAAUGACCAUCGUCGUUGCGGCUGAUCACCGUAUCAUCGACGGUGCGACUGUGGCCAAUUUUUGCGCUCGCUGGAAGCUGGCAAUCGAGUCGCCCACAGCUUUACUUCUCGGAAACGGCCCAUAA